AUGACCAUUACCCUAGCGGUAAUUUUACAAAUCGCUCUAGUUUCGGGAAAGGCAUUAAUACCACAAAAUCAACAAACACAGCAACAGGUGGAGCAGAGUGUACAGCAAAAUGCUCAGAAGCGUGUCGGGUACGACUACCCCGCGCCUCCGCUUGACCUCGUCAAUCCGUUCCAAGAUCACGAUGACUUGCACGCUCACGACGGCCACCACGAGGUGAUCGACCACCACGACGAUCACCACGAGCACCACGACUUCGGCGACCAUGACGUACACGAGCACCACGCCAUACACGAGGAGCAUCACGUGGAGGAGCACCACGAGGAGCACCACGAACACCACGACCAUCACGACCACCACGACCCCGGCUACUGGAAGAAGAAACUCAUCUGGAAACCUGGAUGGAAGAAAAUUUGGAAGCCCGCCAAGAAGCAAAUCUGGAAGCCAUCGUGGAAAAAGAUCUGGAAGCCUGUGUGGAUACCCACUAAGAAACCCGUUUGGAAGGAAAUUAAAGUCCCCGACUGGAAAAAGAUCUACAAGCCCGAAUGGAAACCAAUAAAAGUUCCUGCUUGGAAAGACAUUAAAGUACCCGACUGGAAGAAAAUUACAGUUCCAGUGUAUAAGGAUAUCGUCGUGCCCGGCUGGAAAGAAAUACAAGUUCCUGCUUGGAAGAAAGUCUGGAUUCCCGAAUGGGUUAAAGUCGGUAUCCCUGGAGAAAAAUAUCUAGGAAAAGACCACGAUGGUUGGGAAUACACGUCUCACGAUUUGUGGAAGAAAAAGUUAGUUUGGAAACCAAUUUGGAAGAAAUACUGGAAGCCAGCUAAGAAACAAAUCUGGAUCCCUGACAAGAAACUUGUAUGGAAGGAUGAGUGGAAGCAAAUUUGGAAAAAUGAGAAGAAGCAAAUAUGGGUCGACGACAAGAAGUUGGUGUGGAAAGAAGCUUGGCAGCAAAUCUGGAAGCCUUCCAAGAAAUUGAUUUGGGUGCCCGACAAGAAAUUGGAAUGGAAGGAGGCAUGGAAACAAAUCUGGGUACCUGCAUGGAAGGAAAUCUGGGUGCCAGGUGUGAAGAAAAUCUGGAGGCCUGUAUGGAUUUCUGAAUGGUUCCCGUCACCAGAUCAUCACGAGCACCAUCAUGAGUCCCACGGCUGGGACAGGAGCGAUAGCAUCGACAACAAUACAGCAGAAAGCAAGAAAUCAAUAGCCGUGCAACAAGCGCCGCAGACAAGAGAGCCCAGACAACAGGCACCUCAGAAACAGGAGCCAAAGUCACAGCAGUCAUGGCUAUUUCCCAAAUAAAUUAGUAUCCCUAUAUAAAUUAAACGCUUUUUAUGUGGAAUAAAUAUAAAAUCCGGAAAUCGGAUCGGAAAAAGCUUUCUAGAAGCGUUAUAAUGCCAUAUAAAAGUGAAGACUGCAAACAGCUACCACAGGUGUCGUACAGGAUAGCGAGCUGGCCGGAGCAAAGGAACAAUCACAUCAUGGAUUCUCACUUAGGUAAUGAUUUGUUUAUACAUUUUGAAUUGCCAUGCGAACACUGUGAGAUAGCGAUGCGAUUGUUUCUAGGCCCGUCAUAAGGUUCACAGUACAGUCUGUACAGUCCUGAUCACGUUAUUUAUAGAGUCUAAGCUUUAAACUGAUUGUGUAGUAUUGUUGUCGUAGAUCGUAAGAAUAUUGAGAGCUGGUUGUCUGUACCUACCCACUGAUGCUAUGUGUUUUGUUGUUGUUUAGGUAAUUAAAUUAAGUUUGUUUUAGGUUUUUAGAUUUUAGUUUUGCGGAACCAAUGAAAUAAAUGUUAUGUAAUAUUAAAAUA